GGCAGGUCGUUGGGAGUUAUUAUGGCGCUUGGGCUCCUCCCCUUGUUCUGAUCCUAGUCUCCAUCCCUGUCGGGGUCUCGCCCACAGUCUGGAGCAGAUCCCCUGGAAGAAACUGGGCACACAUAGAGGCCGGACUUAGACGUCCUUCUCCCCAGCCCCGCCAGCCCCCACGGCUAGGCUCCGGGAAGCUCCUCAUCCUUGGAGGGGUAAGGGGCUGGGAGUUCACAGGAGCCCCGCCUCUCGAUGGCCAGGUCCUCGGCCCCUUUGCCUAAGGGAAGAGGCUCCCGGGCCGGGCGAGCGGGGGAUGUCCGCUUCCUCGGAAGCCGGCGGUGCUGCUGCCUCGCUGCGAUUGGCUGGCGGGCCGCUUGCCUGGUGGGUGGUGCGGAGGCGCCUUUCGGCGCACUACCCCCGAGUGCUGGAGCUGCUGGGAGCCCUGAAGGCCGCUGCGCCGGGUCUGGUCCGCUCCCGGCACCACGCGCGGCUCUGCUUGGGGCUGCGGGCCAAGGUGGUCGUGGAGAUGAUCUUGGAGGGCCAGCCCUGGUCUGUCCUGGAUACCCUAAACCAUCAUUUCCCAGAGUCUGGCCCACCUGAGUGUGGCUCCGAAGAUCGGUAACAGACUAUGCGGGAUAUGAAGAUUGUGGAGGCACGUGAGGCCUUUUGCCAACGAGUGAAACAGCUAGCAGAGGAUCCUGAAGACUUUGCUAUUCAGCUACAGGAUCUAGAACAAGAAUAUGGGGAACCCUUCUUAAUUGCCCUGGAGAAGUUAUUAUUUGAAUACCUAUGCCAGUUGGAGAAGACACUCCCUGUGCUACAGUUGCAAGAGCUUAAGGAAGUAUUAAGAGGGAUGCAGUCUGAAACCUUGGUUCCCCUUCCCUUGACUCAGUAUUGCAUGGACAUGGGGUGGCAACUUCAAGAGUCCCCUCUUUUAACUUCAGUGAGGGGGGCAGAACCCCAAGAGCAGAGUCCUCUAUCUUCUCCCCCGCUGGAACAAGUAUUCCAGGAUCCUGUUCCCACAACCAAACCCAGCACUCCCUUUCCCCAGGGGCAGGAUUUGAGGAAACCCCCAGAGGCCCUCACAGGUCGGGACUUCAACCUGGCCCCUUUAGGCCGACGGCAAAUCCAGGGAUAUCGUGCAUCUGCCAGGGGAGGUCAUAAGGACCGGCCCACUGUCAUGCUCUUCCCAUUCCGAAGUAUGUGCCUACCAGUCCAGGAUGUAAUUAUGCAUGGGAACAAUAAAGAACAUGGGCAGCCCAUGGCAGAUCCAGCAGGCACCAUGAGCACAAGGUUAAUGCCUCAUGGGAAGCACAGAAAUUCAGCUCGUUCCCUCCGAAGUAGGGCUCAGGAGCAGGAGAACUGGACUUCUGAUGAGCCCUCCUCAGAGCAAAAGGAGAACUGCCUGGAUUACUCCCUGGAGCCCUUGAGGCUGCCAUUACCUGCUGUUGGGGCCAGGGAGCCAGUGUGUUCCCCAUCUCUGUGCAGUCCUGUGGUUACCAUAGGGGACUUGGUUCUGGACUCUGAUGAUGAAGGGAGUGGCCAGAGGGGAGGGAAGAAGUUUCUUGAAAGCUAUCAGAAGACGAAGUUUGGCACCCUGAUCCCCACCUUCUGCGAAUACCUCUCCCCUGUUGAGCAAAGUUCUGUACUUGCCCAGACCCCUUCCUGUGGCCAGACUGACCCCAUUAAGACCCAGUGGCUUAGGUCUCUUUGAUGUGGCUAUGGUGGAGUCUCGCCCUCUGUAGUUGGUAGAGAAUUGAAAAAUGGACUAAGCAGACUUGGCUAGUCCUGGGGGCCAGGUCCC